UCAAAAACACCAACAACCAGUAUAAAUAUUGGUUGGCACGAAUAGCAAAUUCAGUAUUGAAUUUAUUCUUCGUUGCUAAACAUGAAAUUUUCAUCUGUAUUUUUGGGGGUUGUUUUGUCGUUGGUCCUGGUGUUGGUAAAUGUUGCCGAGGGAACUGGAUCUCGCCGACUUAGAGUUGAUCGCAACCGUAGUAAUGCAGGCGAAGACAGGAAUGAACCGCAAACCACAGGUAGUUUUCAUCGUGGUCGAUCUAGUAGACAAUCGGGUGGUGAUAAUGAGGGUGUUUCUGGAAGUGACUAUCACGCUCACGUAGAACAUAUGAACAAACAAGCUGCGAAAGCACAAUGUCAAGAAAUGAUUGACUCGCAUCGGAAGACAUUGGCAAGUCUUGAAAAACAGCUCAGAAAAACUAAUUUGGCCAAUGAUAAGAGGGAAAGCUAUCAGAAUAUGAAACAACAAACGGAAGCCUUUUUAUUGGAUUUGUACAGACAAAUUCAAACGUACGAAUAAACAUCGCUCAUAUAGGAUGAAGCUUGAUAAUAGACACCGAGAUGGACAACAAAUUAAAAACACUAUCUAAAUUCGAAACUACAGAAGAUGAUUAUUUUGUUUGUUUAUUCUCGAUUUUUUGUUGUUGAAUAAAUUUAAUUUUUCAAAUAAUAAAAAAUGAUGUGACUGGAAAAA